AUGUUGAGGCAGACUUCGAAUCUCAAAAAUUUAGCAAGCGUAACAUUGCUGCUCACUGGACGAUCCAGCGACAAUGUCUACAAACAUCAACUGGCCAGACAACUUAUUGAUUCAUUUGAUGAGCUUAUCGAAGGUUCACAAGCAAAAUUGCUUGCCUUCACUAAUGGCGUCUCAAUGCCAGUUGCGAUAGAAAAUGAUGAUUUGGUGGAAACUUGGACAGAUCUGGAUUUGCCAGGGAAUUUGACCACAUUGGUCCUUACGAAUCUCGGCACUGAUGAGAUGGGCCUCGACCAUCUCAGCAUCGUGCAGAAAUUUAUGAAAUCGAAGACGGGAUUGAUAGUAAUUGAGAUAGGCAAUCCAGCUAUCCAGACCCGUGCACUUCUCGAAAGAAGCGCGUCCUGCAACUUCGAGGGUCAUGCUCUCAUCCUCUCGCCCAAUACCGUAUACUUCUGCAACAAUGCGGUUCCCGCAACGCUAAGCGACCUUCGUUUCGACAGCCUGCAACCCAUGACUUGGGCAGGAUCCAAGAACCCAUAUCCGAAGCCGCAGACCACAAUCAUAAUGCCAAAUAUAUUCGCUUCAGCAGCGAAAGUCCAGCGUCAACACCCCAACCAUCAACAUCAAAAACACAAUGUGAGUUCUGACUUCACUUCUUACUAUGGUGUCACUAUCUCAACAUCCUCCCCUCCACGUCCAAAUCGUUCCUAUCGUUCCUACUCUGAAUAUCCUCGUUUUCAGCUUGAUGAAAACGUCGACGAGAUCGUCGAUAAAAUCAUGGAAGAAAUCGAUGUGGAGAAGCAGGACACGAGCGAAGAACCUGCAUUCGAGAAGAUGAGUGAUGCAAAGAAGAAAACGUUUUGCAAAUAUAGGAAGUCCUGCUACGAGACGGGAACACCGCCAGUGAUUGACAAUGAUUGGUUCUUCUACCCAUCACAUUGGCUGCACAAGAAAAAAGUGGUGGAAGAAGGAGAAGAACAUGAAGAGGGAGCCCCAGUCGAAGGAGAAGUUGAUGAUCUGCUGGAAAGAAAAUUCCGCUGCAAAUAUCGCCUAUCUUGCUACCAUGAAAAAGGCAUUCCUCUAAGCGAAAGAGAAGCCGAGAAGGAGAGAAAGUCGAUCCUGGCCAGCAAAGAGAAAGUUCAACCCGGAAAGAAGAAGACACUAAAGGAAAUUGCCGCCCAAACUCUCCAGGAAGUGCAAGAAGCCUCCGAAAAAGCUGCUAAACGCCCAGCUGAGAAAGCUGUUCAAACAAAACUGACGGCAAAUCAAGAAAAACUAGAUGAAAAGCUCCAUUGCAAGUACAGAAAGAGCUGCUAUGAAACUGGAAAGCGGCCGGUGAUAGAUGAAGGUUGGAAGCUACCACUCCCAAUCAACAUUUUCUCCACAGAAUCGGCAGAGACAGUCGGCAAGCAAAUCAACUAUAGCGAGCUGGAAAAUUUAGAGAAAAAAGUCUACUGCAAAUAUAGGAAGAGUUGCUACGAGACAGGAGUUAAGCCCAAAAUUGAGCCAGAAUUCUUCAUCUACACACUUUUGGAUCUCUUCACCAUACAUGAGCAAGUGGAAACGCGAAAGCUCACUCUGCAGGAGAAAUGCAAAUAUCGAAAGUCAUGUUACGAGACCGGUAUUGUUCCAGAGAUCAAUCCUAAGCUAGAAGCAGUGAUCGAGAAGGAAGUCAGCCCAGUCAUUCCAACAAAUGUGCAAGAUUUGAAACUGCUUUGCAAAUAUCGAAAGUCAUGCUAUGCACAAAUACACGAAGCGGCUACCGUGGACACAAUCAAGCACAUCAGAAAAAGAAGACAAAUUGAGAAGGAAGUGACAAGGAGAAAAGCGAGAAGAGAAAAGCUGCAUCGACGACUUCGUGGAGAGAUGCAACUUGGACACUGGAGAAAAUACUUCAGAAAAGAUAGAUCGGAAGCAGAGGAAAUCGAGGAGGCUGAACCCGAAGAAGUUAGCAGUAUCAGAACUCCACAGCCGAUCGAAACUGGGCGAAAGCCUAUGCAAGAGGAGAAGCAAGUUGAAGAGGAAGAACAAGAGCAAGAGGAAGCUGAAGUGAAAAAACCAAAAACUAAAAAGCAAAGGCAGCCAAAGAAAACUGCAGCCCCUGUGAAAGCGAUUGUAGAUGAGGCAGUGUCGACUGUAGAAGAAAAACUAGAGGAGGCACCAGUCACUAAAAAAUUCCGUAAAGCCAGAAAAAUGGUGAAACCAACGGAAUCAACUGAAACGGAAGAGGUGAAACCUAGCAAGGUAAAGAAAGGAAAAGAAACGCCAAAGGAAGUGUCCAAGCGAAAGAAGAAAGUCAGAUUCCAGAUGGAGGAAGGAGAGCCAGCAGAAGAAGAAGUAAAAGAGGAACCAGAAAAGGAGGAAGAGGAAGUUAAGCGACGUGCGAUGGUAGAAGAAGAGGAGCAGAGUAAGGAAGAGGCAGAGGAACAGAGAGAGGAAGAGGAAGCACAGCAGCAGAAGGAGGAAGCGGCAGAGGAGACGGAAGAAGAGGAAGAAGAAGAGGAGAUGGUGAAAAAAGAAGCACCGGAACAGGCCGCUGAAAAAGAACGCGUAGUAGUAGACAGAAAGAAGCCGCCAAACGCAUCAAAAGCUACCGAAAAAGAAAAAACCACUGCGGAUGCAUUGGAGGAUAUGAUUGAGCAGAUACAUCAUCAACAUGAGAUACAGCAUAAGAAAGAAUAUUGUAAAUAUCGCAAAUCAUGCUAUUCUAGCGGAAAGAAACCCAAAAUCGAUUCGUCUGUAGUUGGUAUCAUUUCUUCUUUUGGGGAGCAGUUAGAGAAAGCAUACGCGGAGGAGGAGGACGCUAUCUCGCGCGUGAGGAACGAGAUAGACAAGAAGCUCGCGUGCAAAUACCGGAAAUCUUGCUACGAGACUGGCAUCCUACCCGAGAUAAAGAAACCAAUCGUAGUAGACGAAGAUUCAAUGGCAUUCAAGGUAGGCUUGUCUAAACACCUACAAUGUAAAUACAGGAAGAGUUGCUAUGAGAAGAAUGGUCUGAAGCCUAUUCAUCACGAAGCCGGAGAGGCAGAGGAGAAACGCAAGCCGACUGAACACGCAAGAGUCGAAGAAGUCAAAGAAACAAUAAGCGAGAAAGAAAGUGAAGGAAAGAGGUCACCAAAAGUGGACCGUCAACCAGUCGAACAACAAAAACAAGCGGAAUCCGGAAAGAAGGAAGAGGAAUGCAAACCAGGAACUGCAUGCUAUAUUUCAGCUGCACCAAAAGCAAUGAAAGAGGACCACGCAGGAAGCAUGGCUCGGAUAGGCGCAGAACGCUACAAACAGAGUGGAAAAUGUAGUCCUUAUUAUUAUUCUUGCCGUGAGGUGCUCGGCCUUCCAAGAAAGGAAAGAGCACCAAUUGGACCAAAUGGUAGACGCUUAUGUCGCAAGAAACAACUGUGA